AUGCUCGCCAACAACGUGGCCUUCAUCAAAACUGUUGAGAUAACGGGCGAGUACCGGAAUUACAAGAUGGGUGUGCAGGCUCUCGCCCUGAAGGAUGGGGAACUGUUCCGCAUUGGCAGCGACGGGGUUCUUGACGGCGAGUGGGAGGCGGCGGAGAUAUGGCAUCAGCCAUGGCAUCUGGGUGAUGCCAUCUUUGAGGAGGCCCUGGAGACGGCCCUCAGCCAGCCUGGUGAUUGGGCACGGGGCACGGCAUUGUGGGCAAUGGCGGCAGCACCCUUUGCCUUCGUACGAACUGGCUUGAAGUUCCAUCUCCCUCGGAAAUACAGCAGCAGUGGCAGCCAUGCACCUGGGUCGAGAUACCGCGUGAUACCGCUCAUGUGGUCGUUGAGGGUAAAGAAAAUUCAGGUGCACCCCAUCUGCACCACCUUGAUUAUUCGGGUGCACCAGCUUGGCCUUCAGAUCAAGUCCAAGUUCCGAGUCAUCUUCACAACAGUUGCUCCGCGUGGGCCAUCCGUGUCUGCUUUGCUUGAGGUCCGAUUCGCUUUGUCUGUCCUUUUCGGUUCGCACUCGCAAGACUCACAAGCAGGCCCAGAUCCAACAAGGCAGAUGGAUGCCUUCCAGUCAUCCUCAAGCAGGAACUACAGCGGUACAGCGCUCGACUGCGUUGAAUUCGUUUCUGAAGUGGGUGGCAUAGUUCCGCUCAGCACGUUGAACAAGCAGUGUCGGAAGAAGCUCAUAUACAACCUUGUGGCAAGCUUGUCGGUUCGCUGCUUGUGGCUGAGAAGUGGGUUAGCUAUUGACCUGGGCUUGGGCCAAAAAGCAGGUGGCUCUGCGGACGCCGUCAUGUCUGAAGGCCGGCACCUGCAGCUGGUCAUCAAGAAAGUGUUUCCUUGGCUGAGGAAGGCGGGCCUUCGAGCUUCGUUUGAGCCGCGCCCGCCUGUCCCCUUCACGCCUGAGUGCCCAACAGCAGACGAAGGCACUGAUGCAGCGCUGCCUUUCGAUGGACACGAUGUUUCCGUGCUCCAUGACCGUGGUGACAGCGAGCAGGAGGCAGAGUUGUGGAGCCCACCAUACGACGAUGCUGAGCCAUGGAUGUGCGGUCUUUUCCUCCAGAUGCCUUUCUUUUGCGAAACCCCGAGAGCUGGCUCUGCGCACGAGGAGUGCGCGCCCUCAAAGCAUGCGGCUGUUGUCGUGCAGAGCCCACUGUUGGCGAUGCUUAUAUCGCAGUGCCUUCCAGUGCAAGACUUUCUCGCUGUGCGAUCAAUAUGCUCUGUGCUGUCCCAGACACGUGCUUUUCGGGAGUUGCUCAAGGUCCCAGUUCCAGCUGAGAUGAUGCAGUGGGCUCGCUACGGCCGCUACGGGCCCAUGUCCGCUGAGCAGCUUGAGAAGAUGUUCGGUCCUCGCAGUGAGAGAGCGAGGGCUGGAUACCCGAGAUUUAUCAAAUACUAUGGACUGGACUGUAAGCCCCACCGUCGCAAGCUUCCGUUUCGCGACGACAGUUUCAAGUCCACGCGCGAGUGCUGGCCGCCAAGAAUGAGAAGCAUCCAAAGUUUCUUCAACUUCGAGUGUUGUACCAUUCCAACCACCGGCUGCGAUGACUUCAUCGUCGCUUGA